GUGUGUUUUGCCCUCUGCUGCUGGUUCUGCUGCUGCUGCUGAAGUGGCUUUGAUCCAGUUUAAAGCUGGAGACCAGGCCCCUGUCCCUUGCAGUCUCAAAGGUGCUGCAAGAUCUCCCUGCAAUUCUUAAAGUGCAAUAUAAAAAGGAGUUGGAUAUGGCAAUUCGGUUCCUGUGGAAAGCAGCAGCCAUGGUGGAGAGGCACAGGACUGGCUUUCUGACCGUUUCCUGUGCUGGACUCUUUGGAGCUAACUUAACCUUUCACAUCCUACCUGAGGAGAUCUUUAAACCAUUGUAUCAGGCCUGGGCAAAAGGGAAGCCUGUGGAGCUUCCAGAAAACUUAAAGCAUCUCUUCCACAAUGUCCUCAUUGAAGGCAGAAUAAAGUCAGCAAAAUUGUAUCAAGCCUUUGUGGCCUUUGGCUUUCACCCAGUGAGUGCUGGGAUUCCGUGGCUGCCUGCUGGCUGUCUUGUGGGCAUCCCUGCCAAUUUUUGUGGUACCACCAGUGAUGAGCAUGGGAUUGCCAACCAUGUGGUCAUGAUUGAAGGCAAAGAAGUAGACUGGGAGAGUCCAGAAGGCCUGAUCUUGAAGGAUGCCCUGACACUUUCUCCAGAGGCUCAGAAGUUUGCUGUUGCAAGAGAGAUUAUGUAUUUGCAAAACAACAGCCCCUUAGCACGGGCAGCUGUUGCUCCUGUUUGUCUGGCUGGGACAUAUAUCUGUGGAGUUGCCAUUAAACAGCUCUUGGGUUUGUACUCUGGUCCAGUGCUCUUACGAGGACUUUACAACAUAGUUGUGCUAGCAGGUGGACUUCUGGGCUAUUGUCUGUCAUACGACACUGUGAGUAGAAUAGUAGAUUACAGGGCGGACAGGAGUGCAGCCUCCAUUUCUACUGACUUUGCCAGAGGUGGUGUGGAGUUCUAUAGUAAAAUCCUGUCCCAGAACAAGACUUUUCGUGCACUCAUGGGCAGAAGUGGUGAGCAGAUAUAUGCCCCAAAUGGUAAUCUUUCACCAAGAUACUGGAUCAGAUUGAAACAUGCACCAUAUUCUUCCAGAAGGGACUUGAUUAUCAAUAUUUUAAACAUGCCUCAAGCAUAGGGAGGCAUGUUUGAAUUUUAAACUUGUAAAUUAUUUAUUCUGUUUGGAAGGCUGCUGCUUGAUUUCUUAAGAUGUCAUUAGUGUUUCCAUUUCAGGAGGGGGGAAAGGUCUUGAUUUUGUUAGAUUUUAUUUUAUUUUAUUUUACUGUCGAAGUCCUGUAUUCACCGGAUGCCUCUGUCUUAAAAAAUUAAAGCCUUCUGUCAAA